AUGAGAAAACGCAACCGACUGACGACUUUUGGAGAGUUCAUCCAACAUUGCCAUGAUCUUCUAUGGCAGCCGCUGAGGGCCGAAGUUCGUUCUCGCUCCACAACAGGCACCAUCCCCCCUCCUACCGGGAAAUACUGCCCCCUACGAUUGCGCCCAUGGACAUAUUGUGCAGCAAGACAGCGAGGAAUUUACGCAUCGGUUUGUCGCUACCUACAACCCACAGAAGUGGAUGCACGGCAAUUAUUCACAACGGUUGUUGCAUUAGAAGAUUAUGGCCGACGAUUCGCGCGCCGACCGAAUAGCAGCGAGCAGGAUCUUGAGACGUAUGAGCGGCUGGCUGUGGAAGAAUUGAGCACUAAAAUCCCCUUCUUCUCUUUCAUGUCAUUCAAGGAGCGCGCGGGCGUGGGAUUGCUAGCCUAUGAUUGUGGUGAGGGUUACAGUUCAGCAGCGCCUGCACUAGGGUACCAAAUACUGGGGAGGCUUCUUGAUUGA